AUGGAAGGAUCAGCGCAGGAAGCUCUUGAACGUUUGUUGAAUAUGACAGCAUUUUUCGAAGGAGAAGAUGAUCGUUUAAACAUAAAUAUAUCUGGAACUCAUUUUGAAGUAAAUGUCGAUGUUCUAUUAGCAUUUCCGAAUACUGUUCUGGGUAAUCCAGGUAAACGAGCACGGUAUCUGGCACCGGGUUCCAACGAAUAUUUCAUCCCACGUCAUGCAACGUCGUUUGAAUCAAUAUUAUACUAUUACAUCACAGAUGGUGUUUUAACAAAAUCGGAAACAAUUCCGGCAAUUGUAUUUUAUGAAGAGAUAAGAUUUUUUGAAUUGGAGGAUAAAUUAACGCAAGCAUUUUAUGGCGAUUAUCUAUCAAUGGCAGAGGAAAUAGAACUAGAGCCUGACAAAUGGUGGAAACGUUCUAUGUGGCGUGCGUUACGCUAUCCACCAACAGGAAAAUUAGGAGCAAUAUUAUCAUUGUUUUCGGCUACAUUUAAUGCUUUAUCUCUCUAUUCAUUAUGCUUGGAAACAAUGAAUAGCUAUCGAAGUACAAAUGAUACGAUGUGGCUGGUAACACAUCCAUUAAAACCGGAAAAUAAUACAUUAGAAUGUAAUCAAUUAAGUCUUCGUCCAUACCAGUUUAUACCCGAUUUUGAUUCGACAAAUACUAUUUUAGAAGUAUGUUGUACAAUUUGGUUUUGGUUUGAAUUAAUAUUUCGCACCAUCUCAGCUCCGUCAUUUUCAUUUCUUAUUAACGAUGUGUAUUUUGCAUUAGAUAUUCUCUCUAUAUUACCAACUGUUUUAGCCUUGUUAUUCUAUCGUUUACAUACAUCACAGUUAAAUGAUGAACAGUCAUUUGUGUUUGAAAAAACACGUUUAUUCGAUGUUUUGAGUGUUUUUAAAUUAUUGCGUUUGUUACGUUUUACAAAACAUGCUCAAUGUUUGAAAAUAUUUAUUCGUACAUUAUAUGUAUCAUUAAAAGAUAUUAUCAUGCUAUUCACAUUGAUGAUAUUUGGAGCUCUUUAUUUUGGUUUAGGUGAAUUUGUUCUCGAACAUUAUUCAGUCGAAAAUGAACUAACAACAAUUGGUGAAGCAUUAUGGCAUGGUUUUACCAUUAUUAUCACCAUUGGCUAUAGUGAUAUCACAGAGUAUCGACCAAUAUCCUACGUAUUGGCUCUAAUUGGUGUUUGUUAUGGUUCUAUAGUAAUGGCCAUUACUCUACCAUCAGUGACAGCAGCAUUUCAGAUAUUUCAAAAUAUGAAAUAUAGAAAAUAUACAAUUAAAUAUGCGAUGCAUGAAUAA